GGGUAGGUUUCCAGGACUGUGCUUUUAUUUCGAAGGAUUGCGGAAACAGGAAUCCUCGUGUCGGUGUUGUUCUCUGUGCGGGAACAAACCGUAACAAACUCUCUCCCGGUUCGCUCCCGGCUCUCGGUGUGAACAUGUCUCAGGUCCAGAGGCUCAGGCUGUUCGUCAGUCAGCGGCUGAACGCGGCGGUCGAAGAGAUUUUGGGAGCUUUUGAGAAAAUUAUCGAUAAAUAUGAACAGGAGGCGGCUCUGAGUCAGGAAGUGAUCUCCCGGCAGCACGCGUUGCUCUGCGCGCUCCACAAACCCAUCAUGGAGCUUCCUCCCGCAGUCGUCUUCACUCAGCAGCUGUCUGUUUGUAAAGUCGAGGUUCACCCUGAGCUGCAGAACCAGGAGGACCAACGCAUCGAAGAGGAAGUGGUGGGAGAGCUGGACGAAGCUGACAUCAUCGAGUUCACCUACAGUUCCGGCCGUGCAGUUGCAUCCUUGUCAGCUGCAGGGACGGAAACUCGAGCUCCGGACAUCCAGGUGUUGUCGUCAUCUGAAGCUGAGACUGAGGACAGCAAGGACUACAACCAGGACACAGCGGAGACCAGAUCUGCUCCGGACCAGCAGAGAGCAGGUCUGUUCGGCUGCAGAGUCUGCAGCAGGACCUUCAGACUCCGCAGGUUGUUAUUCAGACAUGUUCGAGCUCACCUGCAGGACGCGGAGCCUGUCUGCGGCAUGUGCGGCGAGCGACUUGAGGCUGCCGAUAGUCUGGAGCUUCACCUGCAGACUCACCUGAGCAUCCGGAAGAGGAGGAGGAGGAGGAAGACGAAGAAGAACCCGGAGCCAGAGAGCCAGAGCAGAGAGAGACCAUUUCACCGUCGCUCACACCGCGACACAAACGCCAACACGAGCGAGAAAACGAACACCUGUGACGACUGUGGGAAGACGUUUCUCCAGGUGUGGAGGAAGACGAAGCACAGGUGUCGCCCCCGCAGGAGAAACCAGAACCAGCAGAGGAAGACUUCAACAUCCUGACUCAAGUUCUAGUUCUGUUUGUUUCUACGGCCUAAUAAAAUGAUUCAGAUCAUUGUCUGUUUCCACCCGACUGAUCGUUAAUAUGUGAGAUCAGGAAGCAUGAAGAAGAAAUAUUACAACUUUUUCCUGGUAAAGACUAAAACAUCACGACUGAUAAUGACACCGAUACUCAUUUCUGUCGGUGUGAACAUGUCGUGACCUCGCUGUGGUUUUGGGGUGAAAUCAAUUAAAGUAUGAAGAGAAAGACUUAUUCAUUAUUGUUUCCAUGGUAACGCCUGAUGGUUGACUCCACCUGCCCAACUUUUUAGAUUUUCUGAUUCUUUGUGUUUAGUUUUUGUUUUGUAUCUGUUACCUCGGUUGUAAAGCUUUUGGUGAGUCACAGAUUCUUUUGCAGCUUCCUGAGUUGAUAGAAGACGUUAUAGUUUAUGUGGAUGAAGAGUUUCUCUGCAACAGUUUGAACUCACAUGACCUCUAACGAUGUGUUCAAGGACAAGAAGUCACAGCUGGCCAACAAAGUUAAAGUUAGUUUGAGUGACUGUUGUUUGUUGGUUCUGUUCAUCCAGUUUCAGGUUCUGUAUUCGGCUCUUGUUUCUGAAUCCUAAUAAAAACAUUUUCUACUUUUCUAGACAAA